GGGAUGCCGGAGAAUAACCUGUUUACAACAAGCCAGGUUGUUCCAGACCUGAGUGAUCAUCCUCAGCUCCAGUCGUAUUGAAAAAGAUCCAGGCCGAGAUGUUCCCUGACCACCCUGAAAAUGUAAACUUAAGCUGCCAGUUUGCAGAAGUUCACGAAGAUUCUACCAUCUGGUGGACAAAAGAUUCAAAGUCAAUAGCUCAAGUCCAGAGAAGCGCAGGGGACAACUCUGCUGUUUCCUUGACCAUCGUUCAAGCCAGUCAGAAGGACCAGGGUCUCUACUGCUGCUGCAUCAAGAACAGCUGUGGAAAAGUGGCUUCCGAGUUCCACCUCACCGCCCAAGUUCUCAGACAGCUUUCCAGUCACGGGGAUAUUAAAGGGUGUGAAGAGAUUGAAUUUAGUCAGCUCAUCUUCAAAGAGGACUUCCUCAAUGACCACUACUUUGGGGACCGCCUGCGUGGACAGAUUGCCACCGAGGCGCUGCACUUCGGGGAGGGGGUCCACCGCAAAGCCUUCCGCAGCACCGUGAUGCAGGGCCUCACACCCGUCUUCCAGCCGGGUCACGCCUGCGUGCUCAAGGUACACAACGCAGUCGCCUAUGGGACCAGAAACAACGACGAGCUCAUCCAAAGGAACUACAAACUUGCUGCCCAGGAAUGCUGUGUUCAAAAUACUGCCAGACACUAUGCCAAGAUCUACGCUGCUGAAGCACAGCCCCUGGAAGGCUUUGGAGAAGUGCCCGAGAUCAUUCCGAUUUUUCUCAUCCAUCGGCCUGAGAACAACAUCCCUUAUGCAACAGUGGAAGAGGAGCUGAUUGGAGAAUUUGUGAAGUAUUCCAUCAGAGAUGGGAAGGAAAUAAACUUCUUGAGAAGAGAAACGGAGGCUGGUCAGAAGUGUUGUACCUUCCAGCACUGGGUGUACCAGAAAACCAGCGGCUGCCUCCUGGUCACGGACAUGCAGGGUGUAGGAAUGAAGUUAACUGACGUUGGCAUAGCAACACUGGCUAAAGGGUACAAAGGAUUUAAAGGCAACUGUUCCAUGACCUUCAUCGAUCAGUUUAAAGCACUACACCAGUGUAACAAGUAUUGUAAAAUGCUGGGACUGAAAUCCCUUCAAAACAACACCCAGAAACCCAAGAGGCCAAGCAUCGGGAAAAGCAAAGUUCAGACAGCAGUGAAGAAGCCAGAGCCCGGGACCCCAGCAGAAAAGAAAACCUAGCACCCCUCAGUAGCGGGGGCCUCCAGCCAGCAGCACACGGGCUUGGGAGUGAAAAUCACCCACACAGGAGACUCCUUGCAGAGUGUGUGGCCGUCCUUACUUCCACCAGAAUCUGCCCCAAGAUGCUUCUAUACCAGUCACCUGCCGUCUGCUAAAGUGAUUUUGGGACAGAUUUGUGACCAGACUCGUGGAGAGACUACAUCAGUCGUCAGCGUCAAAGGCAGUCUGCUCUCUGUACACACAGCAUGUUGGCACCAACUUGGUGUCACGUACCUCUUUGUCUAUUUGCACGUGGUUUUGUUGUCAAAGACUUGGUGCUGAGCAGGGUCCGUUCCAAGCCCCAAUGCUUCUCGUCCCUGCCUAAUCGGGGUUUCCAGACAUAUCUAGCUGUGAUGGGAACAGAAUCAUGAAUGUCAAGUUGCUGCACCAGUGUCCACGAUGCUGCUGCUGCUGUGGGUGGUGGCUUCUGGAACACAAGGCCACUUCCCACCUUGUUCACACAGCCAGUGACAAUUUUCUGUUUUGACAAAUUCACGUUUAAACAAAAAGCGUAAGCUGCAUAUGUCAUCAUAGACACUUGUUCUUUGGAAUUUGUGCCGUAUUUCACAUUCCCCCAGGACUUAGUCAUUUAGUCAUUUCCUAAUAGAUUUGCUGGAGCACAAAA